AUCGGGACUAGGGAAAAACUGCUAGCUUUGGUGUGACUUGGUAAUACAAAAGCUGUGGUUGCUUCCCGAGGGGCAGAGUGCAAGGGAAAGCUUUUCAGCCUAGGGGAAAGAAGAUUCCUGGCAGAAAGCCCAAAAGGGCAGACUGCUUCCUCUCCCAGGUGUUCCCUAGAACGGAAAACACUACCUUGGGUAACUUGGGCAAAACAAGAAUGAACAAGAUGAUACUUCCCUGCCAGAGACUGUUCAAUGACCAGUGAUGACUAUGCGACAGGGGCCCAGCUAGUCUAGGAGGCAGCCAUUUGUCCCCCUUUACAUAAUGUAAGGCAGAGAAACCAAGAUGUAGUGUGAAAAGGGACUUGCCCACGCUUAUGGAUUGAGGUGGAGCAGACAUUAUGACACUUUCUCAAGCCAGGGGCUCCUCCCAGAGGUGACCAGCCUUUCCCCACCCAUGCUCCAGGCCUGCCUAGACCUGUAGUUGCUGCCCAGGGAGCUAAGUCUCCUCCCCAAACAUAAACUUAAUCUUGUAAACUCAGUAAACCUGGCCUUUCCGCUCUGCCUCUGGCUUUGUUUCAUCCUCCUUUCCCUUCCCCUGCUCUCUGUCCUGUCUCUUGCAGGUCCUGGCUGGCAUGUCAGGAAAGGGGUCCGCUCCCAUGGCCUACUCUGGGGAGCCAGGGCUCCUGUUCUGUGGGUCCUGUGACAUGGUUUUCCGCUCCUGGGAGCUGUUGGCCACCCACACUCAGCGCUUCUGCAUUGGCCGUCCGACCCGAGAGGUGGUGCCACAAGAACACCAGGGCCUCCCAGAGCAGGAGGCCAGCAAAUUGGCUACUAAGAAGCUAACAGAAGAGGUGCAGCGACUGCGGCUGUACCUACAGGAAAUGCGACCCUGGAUAACAGAGGUCUCCAGGGGAUUAGAAGGGCCCCGGAGCCAAACUGAGGUGAAGACUCAGGGCCCCACCCCCGAAGCUGCUGGAAACCCUGGCGAGCGGCUUCGGGCGCUGCAGGGGACUCACGCAAAGCGGGUGGCGGAGACGGAGUCACAGAGCCGGGCCCUGGAGCGACGCAGCGAGGAAUUGAGCCAACGCCUCCAAGGUUUGGCCCAGACCCGGGGCGGAAUAUCACGCCUUUUCGGUCUGGAGCGGGAGCUUCGAGAACUCCGGGCAGAAGCCGGGCGAACGCGGGGAGCUCUAGAAGUGCUAGGUGCGCACGUUCAGCAGCUACAGCCGGAGCCUGGGACCCGGCUCAACGCCUUGCGAGAGGCAGAACUCUGUUGUCCGGUGCUACAGGCCAACCCAGGGACUCUGGCUGCCGAGAUCGGGGCCCUGCGUGAGGCCUACGUUCGAGGCGGGGGCCGGAACCCCGGCCUUCUGGGCCAGAUAUGUCAGUUGCAGGUGGAGGCAUCAGCGCUGGAGCUGCGGCGGCUGCGGACCUGCAGAGGAAGACGGGCAGGUGCCGCACUGGGGGAGCUUCUAGUGGUGGAAGCCGAAAACCGGCGCCUGGAGGCAGAAAUCCUGGCCUUGCAGAUGCAGAGGGACGCAGGCCCUGCGUCCUGGGGGCCUAGCGAGCCUCGACCCGUGGUGAAUCCCCCCCGACGCCUGGGGAGGAGGGAAGAUCCCCCGCGCCUCCCGCCGCCGGUGGCUCCCCCGCUACCUCCACUCUUACCCCACCCACAGCUGCAGGUUCCUGGCACCCUGACCAGGAACCCUGGCCUGGAUCCAUACUUUCUCCUGCCGGCUCCUGACGUUCUGGGCCCUGCACCCUAUGACCCUGGGGCAGGGCUGGUCAUUUUCUAUGACUUCCUUCGGGGCCUUGAGGCUUCUUGGAUUUGGGUGCAACUCACGACUGGCCUGACACGAGACGGACAGGACACAGGAGGGGCCACAGCAUUGCCCCCAGCCCUUUGCUUGCCCCCACCUCCAGCUCCUGGGCCCACGGGCAACUGUGCCAUCCUUGCCAGCAGGCAGCCCGUACCCAGGCUGCCACCUUCACCAUCAGCAGCCCUGGUCUGUGAGCUACAGGCCUGGCAGGGGCUGGCAUGGGCUAGGGAACCACAGCCAAAGGCUUGGGCCUCAUUGGUGCUAUUUGACCGGGAUCAAAGGGUGCGAAGUGGCCGUUGGCGUCUUCCACUUCGGGCCCUUCCUCUGGACCCCAGCCUUACCCCUGGACAGUUGAAUGGGAUUCCCCAGGUAGGUGAGGUUGAGCUCUUUCUACGACUGGUUAAUGCAAGAGAUGAAGGUGUCCAGACACUGGCCGAGAUCAACCCAGCAAGUGCCCAGGAGUACCAGUACCUACCUCCGCUGAGCAAGUCACCUGCACUGGAAGCAAGCUCCCUUGCCCCAAAAGCUGGCUUUGUUGACCCUCCUCCUCCUGCAGAAGAGCCCUCAGCAGCAGAGUCAAAGAUAGAUGGUUUGGGCCCUCAUCACAGCUUUGACCCACCCCCUCUGGCUUUCUGAAUCUAGGAGAAUGUGGUCAUGAGUAGCUUAACAGGCUCAGAACUAGGACUUAGAUGAGGCUUGUUGCCAGACCUGCAGCUUUACUACUACACGUUCUCAAGAGGGUCUAGAAGCAAAUAGCAGAUACAAGCUCAAAAUAGGAGGUCCAAUCACAGCUUUACCACCUUCCACAAAUACUUGGCCUUUAUCAGUUUUCCUCUUGUAAAACAGAUGUGAGGAUUAAAUGGAUGUCAGGUAUUUUCA